CUAUAUAUAUAUAUAUAUAUAUGUGUGUAUGUAAUCCUUCCCCAACCUCUGCACUUCACCAAUCCCACCAAAACCCAUCAAAAAACCCACCAUGCUUCUCUCUCUCUUCUACAUCUCUCUACUCUCUCUCUCCUUCUCCCACUCCCAUUCUCUCCCCCUCUCCUUCCCUCUUUCUCUCUCUAAACGCCCCUCCCCUGUUUCUCCUCUCUUCUCUUCUCUCUCCUCCUACGGCUCCGUCAAGCUCCCCUUCAAAUACUCCACCGCCCUUGUCGUUUCUCUUCCUAUUGGAACGCCGCCGCAGCCCACGGACUUGGUUUUGGACACCGGCAGCCAGCUUUCUUGGAUUCAAUGUCACCGCAAACUUCAUAAGAAAUUGCUGAAGCCCAAGACGGCGUCGUUUGACCCUUCUCUCUCCUCCUCUUUCUCUCUCCUCCCUUGUAAUCAUCCUCUCUGCAAACCCAGAAUUCCUGAUUUUACCCUUCCCACUUCUUGUGACCAAAAUCGCCUCUGUCACUACUCCUACUUCUACGCUGAUGGCACCUUGGCCGAGGGUAAUCUCGUAAGAGAAAAAUUCACCUUCUCAAAUUCCCGUACUACCCCUCCUGUCAUCCUUGGCUGUGCUCAAGCCUCCACUGAAAACAGGGGUAUUUUGGGAAUGAACACUGGACGUCUCUCCUUCGUCUCCCAAGCCAAAAUCUCCAAAUUCUCCUACUGCGUUCCCGGUCGAACCGGACCGGAUUCAACCGGGUUGUUCUACCUUGGAGACAACCCGAAUUCUGCCAAUUUCAAAUAUAUAUCCUUGUUGACUUUCCCCAAAAGUCAACGCUCCCCGAAUCUCGAUCCACUGGCGUACACCCUCCCACUUAAGGGCAUAAAAAUUGCCGGGAACCGUCUCAAUAUCUCAUCGGCCGUUUUCAAACCGGAUAGGAGCGGGUCCGGUCAAACCAUGAUCGACUCCGGUUCGGACCUCACUUACCUAGUGGACGAAGCGUACGAGAAGGUUAAAGAAGAGAUAGUCAAAUUAGUGGGGCCCUUAAUGAAGAAAGGGUACGAAUACGCCGCCGUGGCCGACAUGUGUUUCAACGACGGCGAGACAGCAGAGGUGGGUCGGAGGAUUCGCGACAUGUCGUUCGAGUUUGAGAAUGGGGUGGAGAUUUCGGUGGGGAAAGGAGAGGGGGUUUUGACGGAAGUGGAAAAAGGAGUGAAGUGUGUGGGGUUUGGACGGUCGGGAAGGCUUGGAAUUGCGAGUAACAUAAUCGGAACCGUCCAUCAGAAGAAUACGUGGGUAGAAUAUGAUUUGGCCAAUAGGAGAAUAGGGUUUGGUGGAGCCGACUGUAGCAGAUUGAAGUGAUGAUGGACGAUGGAGAUUUCUACACGUGUUAGGGUUUGUGGAGGGUUCUAGAAGAUGUUUGUAUAAUCAUCAUAUUUUAUUGAGCUGUGUGUAUAUAAAUAUGUGUGUAUAGUUUCAUACUUCAUAUAAUAAAACAAAAAUUUGUUGCUCAGACU